CAUACCUCUGUGGAUGGAUACACUGAACCACAUGUCCAGCCUAUCAAGUCAAGUAGCAGACAAAACAUCCCCAGAUGUAGAAAUUCCAUUACGUCUACCAAUGAAGAGCAUCCUCACAUUGGAAAUUAUCGCUUACUGAAAACGAUAGGAAAAGGAAAUUUUGCCAAAGUGAAACUGGCAAGGCAUGUGCUUACUGGAAGAGAGGUUGCUGUGAAAAUAAUAGAUAAAACACAGCUAAAUCCUACUAGUCUGCAAAAG